AUGUCGACUUACUCUGCCAGUUCGCGGGAUGCUUCGCGGGACCGUGCUGAGUCUCGAAUCAUCAAGCAUCAACAUUCAUUUUCAGAGUCCGGCAGGGCCUCAGUGCCUAUGUGGGACAGCUCAGAUCCUGAUCGAGCACCUCCGCCACUUCCAUUGAACCCUGGAGUUCCCGGAAGCCCUCUGACUAGAUCUAACACAUCGAAACGGAUUGACGAAGCUGCCGCCCUGAUAGCCGCCAGAGCUCGAGAAAAUGCCCCUAGUGGCUACACCAGCAACCCUCCUCCUACCUCACCAGACAGAAAUGUCAUACGGGCGCAAAAUAGGCGAAUGCAGAAUCUGCAGAGUCCCGGCAUCACUAGACUGAGCGACUCUUUAGAGAGAAGAUCACCAGACAAAGGCCUGCGAACGGCAAAGUUCGUGGACUUCGAGGACUUUCCCAGCAAUAAACCAUCGGAACGCAGUCCGACAAGACCGAGGUCAGAGACUCCGACACCCACCGAGAGGAACUCGGCAAGGUCCAGAGAAACAGAAAACACGCCGCCGCCGUCGAACAUGUUGGCCUUGCAGACAAUUAGAAAUCGGCAGGAUGCCACGCCACUUGGUGACAUAACAAAUGGGGCAUCGCCUUCAGUCCCGACGUCCUACUCCUUUGAUGCCUUGUCAAACCAAAUUCUGAGCCUGACAUCAAUCAUUACAAGCGUUCAGAAAGAGAUGUCGAGUCUGAACAAGAGAAGCAAAGAAAACUACGGCGACCUCAUGAGCCUCAAGGAGGCCACCUCGGCGAGGGACGAAGACAUCCGCAAAAGUCUCAGAGAACUCAUAGCGGGUCUGGAAAGCAAGUUCACAAACCUCGACUCUCGCUUACUUGCUGCUCCUCCGGACGCGAGCAGAUCAACACCUACCUUGGGGCUCUACUUCGACGACAAGGCACAUAAUGGCUCCCCACGCCCGAAGAGCCUCGGGCUGCCACGUAUAGGCAGCCCAUCUAGCUUCUCUGCCGCACUUGACCGAGAGUUGACCGCGUCGCCUUCCAUCACAUGUGUUGACGGAGCUGCAAGCAUUGCCCUCCUCGAGAAAGUGCUCAGAGAGAUGGCCACUCGCGAAGGCCAAGACAAAAUCAUGAGCACUCUCGAAGCAGUAAAAUCACAAGCUCUUGUUCGAUCGCAUUCAGAUGUCACUACCUCAACAGCCUUCGACCCGACCAUGAUGUCGAAGUUGGAAGAUAUCCUCGUGUUCAUGAAGGGCAUGAAGGAGGAAUCUGGAUCUCGCGCGCUGGUUCGCUCAAGCGGCAAAGACAGUACUAAGGGUCCCUCAAACCUUGAUCUUUAUCUUGAAGGGGACUCAAAAGCGGCAACUCUAGCCAAAGCAAAAUCAGGCGUCGAAGGACGGAGCUCUAUGUCAAGCUCUGAGUCUGCCGUUGACGACAUUGUUACGAUGCUGAAGAGUGUCAAGCAAUCCUUGGCUCAAGGAGGCGGUCUUACAAAUGAAGUGAAAGUCUUGGUUCGAGAACUACGUGGAGAAGUCUUGGGAAUGGGACGUGAGCUUGCAAAGAAACUGGACCAAACGACAUCCCAAGCCAAAGGCGCUGGUGCUGAGACACAAGCAGCGAAGCGGGACGAGAUCGCCGUUAUCGUGCAGCAAGGGCUUGCUGAGCUUAAGGAACAUAUGCACCACAUUGUUCAAGAAAGCGGGAGACAAUCAGCAGAGCAUAAUCGCCCAGCGGUCGGUACUCAAGAAGUUGUGCAGGCAGUCCGUGAUGUCCUCGCGGAAUUACCCCAGCCUCGUGAACAACCAAUCCGAGAUCCUGUUGCCGAACGAGAAGAAUUACUCAUUGCCGUGAGAGAGGCCUGGGAGGACUGUAAACCAGAGAUCGCUCUCGAGCAUUUCGGGUUGGAGCGAGAUGAGAUCUUGGAGACAUUGAAGGAGGGCCUGAAAUCCUACCAACCACAACAAGCCACAGCAAAAGAUGCCGGCGCCACUUAUGAAGACGUGCUCGAGGCUGUCAGGAAGGGCCUUGCCGACUUCGAACUUCCCCCCAUCCCAGCGCCAGCUGGAAUAACUCGGGAUGACGUCCUUGCAGCUGUCUGUGAGGGCAUCAAGGGUAUUGAAUGGCCAGAUAUGUCUGCGUCACGGGGCAUAGACAUCGACCUCACCAAAGACGAUGUCUUCGACGCUGUCCGAGAAGGAUUAGCGCAACACGACACUGUCACCAGAGAUCAAAUAAGUGACGCUAUCAAGGAUGGCCUUUCUCAACAUGAUCGCGUUGCCAAAGAGGUCGAAUUCAACCGCGAGGAUCUGUUUGACGCCAUCAAAGCUUGUUUGGAAGGCGAACAGAAUCCCCUAGGAGGAAUGGGAGAACGUGUCAUCGAAGCUAUGCAUGAGUUCCUCGGCAGCAUGAAGAAUGAGUUCCAGCAAUAUUCAGCGGCCAGCGGUAAGGACACGGAACAGGUACUGGACGCGCUCAAAGAUGGACUCGAAGACCUAAGGUCCGACAUCGAAAGCUACGUGGACCGUGCUGCCGAUGUCACUGGCAAAGACGAAAUCAUCGACACAGUCAAGGCUGGAUUUGCUGCGAUGCAAGCGGAUCUCGACAAAGGGUUUGCAGCACGCGGGAAUGGAGCGCCGAACACACCUGAACUUUUGGACGCAAUGGAGAAAGAGUUUGAGCAUCUUCGCGAAACCAUCAGCAAGAAUAUGGCUAGGGACCAUACUCUAUCUGAGAAGGACGAGAUCCUCGAUGCUAUUCGUGACAUAGCUGACGACCGCCAAUCGACCCUCAGCAGUAACAGUGAAGACAUUGUGCGGCUAGUCAAGGACGAAUUGGAGCAUAUGCGCACAGCCCUUGCUGGGGCUCUCGUUAAAAACGGCUCUUCGCUUGACCGUGAGGAAGUUCUCGACGCCAUCCGAGAGGGACUUGCCUCGUCUCGUCCGAAAAUCGACGGGAAUGAAAGUAUUCUGUCCAACACCAGUGAACUCCUCGAUGCUUUUCAGGACGGAGUUGACGGUAUCCGAGCCGACAUCCAGAAAUUGACUGACCGCCCAGUUGACCUCAGUGCAAGUUACGAAAUCCUUGAUACGCUCAAGACGGGGAUUGAAGACGUCCGAGCGGAUAUUUCGAGGCUUCAGGAGAAACAUGGUGACGAAUCCGACGCCGCCACCGCUCGUGGGCAGGAGAUGGUGAUACACGACCAGAACCGCAUCUCCACCGAGAUCGAAGGCUUAAAGGUGAUGAUCACACAGUUGAGAAUCAAAGUCGAAGCGUUGGACGGAAUGGCUGGGCCACCCCCUGCGACGGAGGCUCGAAUACACAAAGAAGACAUGAAUGAGCUUCAAGAUGCCAUACAACAAGUUCAGGAGUCCGUCGACCGAGCCCAUACUACCGAGACUAGAAUCCACAAAGAUGACCUGGAGGGCCUGUACACCGCCAUCGACCAGGUAGCCAAUGCUGUCAAUGGAGUUCGCGAUGCACCUCCGCCAGAACUGGUCAUGCCGGAGAAUGCUGCAUCGAAAGAAGACACCGAAGCCAUCGAAACUUUACUGAGAAACAUCAAAGCGAGGAUUGACGAGAGCCUUUCGCCGGACUCUGAGCCUCUGGCCAAGUCGAGUCAGAUCGAUUCCUUGGAAUUUGCCCUCAAGGACAUCAAACUAGUGGUCGACGAAGCCAGCGAGCGGGCUGCUGAACAAACCAACAGAGAAGAUUUCACGUUGAUCGAGUUGAUGUUGAAAGACGUUCAGACCAGCAUGGAAGAGUUAAGAGCCAAGCUGGAGAAACCCAGGACCGAACAGGGUAGUCUCGAGAAGUCCGAUUUGGAAGUCGUUGAAUCCCUGUGCUUGGACAUCAAGACCCAGAUGGAGAAUAUCAGACCGCCAGAUCUUGGUUCUCUCCCACGCAAGGACGACAUCACGGACGUGAAAAAUGACCUCAAAGCAUUUCGGGAGCAAUUCGAGGCCGACAAUGGUCUCACUGCGCAAGCGUUUGAGGCCAGAAAGAUCGAACAUGGCGGCUUGGCCACAAAGAUCGACGAUGUCAAAAACGUCAUCGGCGACCUGCGAGAUGAGCUCGUGGGAAAGGUGGAAGGAAGUGCAGAGGGAAUCGUGGAAUUGAACAAAGUACUUGGAAUGCACCAUGACGAUAUGAGCAAGUAUGCCACUGCAGCCAGUAUCGAGGAAAUGUCCACCAUGAUCAAAGACGAACUCGAACGGCACAUGGACCAUCAUUCUACCAUUAAAGCUGAGAUGGAAGAACGAGAUGCCACACUGUUCAGCAAACACGAGGAGACGGGUGCGGAACUCAAAUCUGUGAUCGAAGACAAAUUCACUCUGCUGAUGAACAAGUACGACGAUGCUCAGCUUGCCAGUGACGUCAAGCUGAGUUCUCUAGAGGAGCGAGACAGUGCACAUCUGGAAGCCACGAACAGUACGAAAGCGCUUGUGGACGAUCUCAAAUCGCUCAUGGACACUUUGGGAACCACAGUCACAGAAACCUGUGAGCGGAUCUCUGAAGACUCGAAAACCGUCUUUGGUUCUAUCGAAGAGACUAACUCGAAGGUGGACAACCUCCACGCCAGCAAUGCCUUCGAACAUGGUGUGACUCGGGAGGAAAUCGCAAAGACGUUGGCCGCAGCAACAAGGCUUGAGGGCAGUCUGUCGGACCACCAACCAGCAGUCCUCUCUGCGAUCCAGGAAGUGCUCGGAGUGGUGACCCAGCACUACGAGCAUUCACAACAGCAAACAGAGAGCUUUGCACGAGCUACAGAGGAGAUCAAAUCUGGCGUGGACUCUAUCCCAGCUGCCAUACCACCCUUGUUGCCAGCCCUACCCGCCGCUGAACCAAUCAGGGAAGUCCCUGCCCAAAGGGAAUAUGACGACAGUGAGCUGCAUGAUAAGUUGGACACUCUCCUCUCCCAUGCAAACUCUGCGAAGAAUAUGUCCGAGUUGCAUGACAAGUUAGACACCCUGCUCUCCCAGGAGAACCCGUCCAAGGCGAUUAGUGAGGUGCAUGAAAAGCUGGACACUCUUCUAUCGCAUGCCGAUUCAGCGGGAGACAGUACUGAGCUGCAUGACAAACUGGACACGCUUGUUUCCCAUGCGAGUGCAGCCAAGGAGAUGUUUGCAGGGCUGGAGGACCAUCAGAAAGAGACUCGAGAUUCUCUAGCCAGCCUCCAGAAACUUGACGAGAUCCACCACCAAGUUAUGUCGACCGCGGCUGAGAUUGCAAGUAUGGUGACCACGCAGGCGAGACUGAUGGGGGAGCACCAUGACUCGAAAGCUGCAGAGGCAACGGAGGCAGCGAUCGCCUUGGAGAAGCGAACGGCGCAGAAGGAGAAAGUCGAGGCUGAUAUUGUUACCCUGAACGAAGAGAAGAAUUCUCUUUUGGAGUCCAUGGCAAUGUUGAGGCGAGAACAAGAACAGCUCAUUGGACAGACCAAAAAAUUGACUCGAGAUGUGGCGAAGCUUGAGACCGCCCUGCAAAUCCGACAAGACGAAAUGCGCGAAAUGAAUGCCAGAGCAGAGGUCCUUGAGCGUCGAAUCCUUGAGGGACUGGUGAAUCAGGCUCGAGCGGUCAAGACAUCCUCCAAGGCUAUCAACAGAGCUAGAAUCAGUCCGGCCGAACGGGAUGCAUCGAUGAGCCUCAAGCGUGUUCCCAGCACCACCAGCACGGCAACAGCAAGGACCUCUAUCAGAGGCGGAAAGUCGGCGAUCGGCAGCGCCGUUGGUACAGCCUUGAAAAAGAGGACGCCACUUACCUCGAAUGCCAAGGCAGCGUCGACGCCGAGAACAUCUACUGUUGAUCGUCGAAUUCUGAGCACCAGCCAUGUUACUGGUAACCGUGGUCGAAACACGCCUGAUAUGGCAUUAAUGCUUGCUCCUGUGCCCAAGUCAACCGGCCUUGUCAGUCUCAAACGAAGCCAGUCUGUGAAGAGUAACCCUAGUAGUUAUCUCAACGGACGCAAGGCCAGCUGGAAUGGUGCCCCAACAGAGUUGACGGACAAAGAGAAUUUUGGCGUUGACCACGAUGAGAGCGAUGACGACAACCAUAGCGAAACAAGCACUGAGAGGAGGACCAGCUAUGGCACGAGCGUCAUGUACACCGACAGCAUGACAUAUGGUACUGGAAGCACGUUGAGUAGAGACAGCAGGCGGUCGACAAGCUGUGGCAGCAGCAUUGUUGGGACGGUCAACGGACAGACGGACAGCAUUGCUGAGGAGGAUGAGGAACAGGAAGCGGACGAGAAUACCCAAACGGCCAUGGUCCUGCACGGUGCUCAAGCUGCAGAUGGCCAUCAAAACGAUGAGAACCGAGAGGACUUGAUGGCCCUGACCACGAUGGACGGACCGCACAGUCCCAUUCUCGACGCAGAAACGCUGCCUGACCUGCAAACCCCACCUGCCAUUACUGAAGAAGGGAUGAAGUAUCAUGGCAGUGACAGCGGGCUAGGCACUGAGCCAUUGACGGCAGGCACCGAGAACCAUAACGAUUACUUUCAGAUGACGGCAUAG